UUAGCUGGGGUUUAUAUAGGCUAGGGGGACACUUGUAUUGUAGUUUGUUUGUUUGCUUUUGUUUGGUUUGCCAGCUAGGAGGCUCUUAAAGCGCACAAUACCCAGGAUGGUGACAGUGGAUGACGUUGUUCAGUCUCCCUCGGUGGAGCUCUUAAAUCAAUGCACCAAAGACCAAUUGCUGAACGUUGCAGAUCGUUUUGGAUUGAAAAUUGAAGCUAGUGAUAGAAGGUUAAAGGAGACAUUGUUGGAAGUUUUGAAAAGAGAGCUAUGUGGUAUAGCGGUUUCAACUGAGGAACGGGAUAAGAAAGAGGAGGCGUCUCUUUCUCCCGCAGUAGGUGCCGCAAUGGCGGUACCUUCGCCAGCAGCUAUGUCAGGGUUGACGUUCGACCAACAAAAAGAAUUAAUCAAAUUACAAACUGAUCAGGAACAACUUAGGCUAGAUAGGGAGUAUGCUAUUGAAAAAAUGAAACAGCAGACAGAACUGGCUAAGUUGCAGGUAGAGCAAAAUAGAUUGGACUUGAUACGGGAUGGUAAGAUUUCAGCGGCUGCACAAGUGUUUUCAGAACCUGCAGAACGGUCUGCAGGGGGGUUUGACAUUAGUGGCAAUCUACGUUUGGUGCCCAAGUUUUCCGAAUGUGAUCCUGAGGCAUUCUUUGCCAUGUUUGAGAGGGUGGCAGAUGUGCGUAGAUGGCCUGACUCGGCGCGCACAUUGAUGCUGCAGUGCGUCUUAACAGGCAGGGCGCAAGAGGUUUUUUCAGCUAUGAAUGCGGCUGACAGUCAAGAGUAUGCCCGUGUUAAGGCGGUGGUACUGAAGUCGUACGAGCUCGUUCCUGAGGCGUAUAGGCAGCGGUUUAGAUUUUGGAAGAAACAUGACAGACAAAGUCAUUUGGAAUUUGCACGUGAUUUGACGACGAGCUUUAACCGCUGGUGUAACGCCUCGGAGGUGGAAGAUUUCGAAGGCUUACAAGAUUUGAUGAUUUUGGAGCAGUUCAAAGGUUCUGUUCCAGCUCGUGUGGCAACAUAUAUCAGUGAGCAGAAAGCACGCAACGCAGCAGAUGCGGCGGCGCUCGCAGAUGACUUUGUCUUAACGCACCGUGGAGAGUUUAGAGCGGGCGGUGGCAAUUAUGUUGCCGCCAGUGAGUCGCAUGGCCGAUUUAAUAAAUCUCUGCCUGUCGAUUCCAGAGCUAACGCCAACAACAGUAGAGAUGAUGUGCGUGACUCGGGGAAGGUUUGCCAUCACUGUAACAAAUGGGGGCACUGGAAAAAAGAUUGCUUCUUGUUAAAUUCCCCUAAGGCGGGUCAUUGGGAACCAAAAGGGGUUGCUACGGCAGCUCCAGUUCGUCCGGUGUCCACUUGUGUUACACCUACUUUCGGUUCAAAUGAGGAUACAUCGGUUGUAGCUCUGAAUUCUUACCGUCCAUUUAUCAUGCAGGGGACUGUGUCUUUGGUGCAGGGUGGGGAAGAAGUACCGGUAACUAUUUUGAGGGACACUGGGGCUUUUGAUUCAUUCAUUCAAGCUGGUAUUCUCCCUUUGACUAAUGUUUCUGACACUGGUGAUAAGGUUCCUAUCCGGGGCUUAGACAUGAAUAUUUUGUUGGUUCCCUUGCAUAAUGUUGUCCUAAAAUGUGAACUGUUCCAGGGAGAAGCAAAGCUCGCUGUGCGCCCAGCACUGCCUAUUCCGGGUGUGACGCUGAUCCUGGGCAACGACCUGGUGGGUGCUAAGGUCUGGGCUGGGGUACCGCCGCUGCCGCCGGCAGUGGUGACCUCUGUUCCCUUGGUAACGGAGGAAGCUGAUGAAUGUGAACAUGACUUCCCAGAGGUUUUUACAGCGGGUGCGGUGACCCGUGCAAUGGCUAAGUUAAAAGAGAAAUCUCAUUUAAAUGAUUCAAUUAAGGCAAAAGUAUCUGAAAAGUUUUCGAUACCUCUUUCUGAUUUUCCAUUGUCCAUAACCCGUUCAGAUCUGGUUGCGGAACAGCAGGCUGAUGCCUAUCUGAAGGAGAUAUUUCCAUUGGUACGGCCAGAGGAGGAGCUGUUUGACAGUGCUUGUGGGUAUUUUCUGAAGGACUCAUUGUUGGUGAGAAAAUGGCUGUCACAUAAAGGAAGGUUUGUGGGUGAACCAGUGUUCCAAAUUGUGUUGCCAGAGAAACUUCGCCAGUCAGUGUUAAAAGUAGCGCAUAAUGAAUCUGGACAUGCUGGUGUGAGAAAAACUUAUGAUAGACUACUUAGGCAUUUCUUUUGGCCUCGUAUGAGGAGAGAUGUGUCAGCAUUUAUCAAAACUUGUCAUGCAUGCCAGUUAACUGACGAGCCUAAUCAAAAGUUGAGCCUGGCGCCCCUAGGCCAGUCUGUGUCCCAGGGCUCCCUGCUGAGUGUGAUGGACUGA